GUUUCAGUUCCUCCGUAGCAGUGCGACCUCGCGAAACGGUCGUACUUUCGUGCUCUCCGCUGGUACAGACAGACACACACCACCCGUGUGUACUACUGGUUGUGCGUGUGUUUGUGCGUUCGUACGUGUGCUAGUGUUCGGGUGUGCGUGUGUGUGCAUGUGAGACUUUAUAAAAAUUCUUUCAACGUGCGGUGUGCCCAUUAGCAUUGCGUGAGUGCGGUCCGCGCGCAACCCCAACUCGACGGUGUGCGGAGCUUUCUGCCAUUGAGAGCUUUCGUUCGCGGUAACCUCCAAACGCGGAUGGUUGUGGUCUGGUGGUUGCAGCAUAAAGCAGUACCAUCGAACACAUCGACAAUUAUCUUCAGCACCGCACGACGACGACCCAUGCAGUGUGCCGAAUGCGUGUGAUGACCAGCGGGUGGUAUUAGCGAGGAGUGAUAGCGCGUGAAGGGCACACAGGCUGGCCGAUAGUCCCGCAGUGACUCGCUAUCAGGACAGGGUGCCAUACACCACGCUUCCGACUAUAUAUUGGUGCGCUUGGUGAGGCCGGGCCGUGUAACUCGUGAGGUGUGAUACGCAAGAACACGUGAAGAUCGUGCCGAGAUCGGGUGUCGUAACUGCAGAGCCGCCGCCGCCAACACCCAACCCAAAUGACCAGCACAACGAUGCAGACGGUUAUCAAAAAUCCUAGCUGGUGGCGUCGCCGAACCGCGCUGGAAAAGGUUCUUACGCUUAUCAGCGUCGUGUGCGGAGUAGCCGUAGUGGCGUUAAUCAUAUCGCUGCUCACCGUUGUGCUGACGGACCGAAUUCAGAGUGAAAGUAGCUCAUCGUCAGCCCAACCGCUCACCGGUGGAAGACGUGGCAAAGCGUUGAACAAACACCCGAACGCCUACAAUGGCGUUACCGAGAAGAGUACGGAAAAUAUCUGCCUCACGCCAGGAUGCAUCCAUUCGGCUUCGAAAGCGUUGGACCAGAUGGACCGGGACGUGGAACCGUGCGACGACUUCUACAACUACGCCUGCGGCAAGUUCGUGAAGGAAACGAUCAUCCCGGACGAGAAGGUAUCGGUGAACACGUUCUCGGUGAUUGGGGAUCGUCUCCAGCAGCAGCUCCGGUCGCUGGUGAGCGAAGAAAUUUCCGACAGUGAGGCGACACCGUUCAAGCUUGCCAAGAACCUGUACAAGCUGUGCAUGAACAAGACUCGUAUCGAAGAGAAGGGCAUCAAGCCGCUGUUGGACAUUCUGGACGUACUCGGCGGAUGGCCCGUACUGAAGGGAGACAGCUGGGAUCUCGAUUCGUCCUGGUCGUGGGUGAAGUCGGUGAAGGAUUUCCGCAACAAUGGCUACAGUACGGAUUACUUCUUCGAUUUCUCCAUCGGAAGCGAUUUGAAGAAUUCCACCCGUCGCAUCAUUGACACUGAUCAAGCGUCGUUGGGCAUUAGCCGAGAGUAUCUUGUGAAGGGCAUGGAAAAUCCUAUCGUUUCCGCUUACUACAACUAUAUGGUCGAUAUGGCGGUGCUGUUGGGUGCGGACGAGGAACGCGCUAAGCGGGAGCUGCUCGAUUCGCUGAAUUUCGAAAUCGCACUGGCCAACAUUUCACUGCCAAACGAGAAGCGGCGAAACGCUACCGCUCUCUACAACCCUAUGACGGUGAAAGAGUUCCAGCAGCGCUAUUCCUACACCAACUGGUUGGAAUACUUCAAUGCCAUCCUGAAGGAUACGGGCAUUGUGAUCGGCGAGGAGGAAGUGAUCAUCGUAAGCGUGCCCACGUUCAUGGAAGCGUUAGGACCGCUGCUACAGAACACACCGAAGCGUGUCAUGGCCAACUACGUGAUGUGGCGCAUCAGCGGAUUCUCGUCCUUCUUCCUCACGGAGAAGCUCCGCAAGCGUCAGCUGCAGUACAGCACUGCGCUGAGCGGCAAGCAGGAACAGGAGCCACGGUGGAAGGAGUGUGUAGACAUCACCUCGGGCAGCCUGCCGAUAUCGGUCGGUGCACUGUACAUCCGGAAGUACUUCCGGGAGGACUCGAAGCGUGCCGCACUCGACAUGGUGAACGACAUCAAGAGCGUAUUUGUGGACAUUCUGAAGAAGGUCGAUUGGAUGGACGAGGUGACGCGUGUGUCGGCGCUGGAGAAGGUUUCCACCAUGGCCACUCACAUCGGCUAUCCGGACGAGCUGAUGGACGAUGGCAAGAUUGCCGAGUACUACAAGGAUCUAGAGUUCCAGCCGGACAGCAACUACCUGAACACCAUCCUGUACAUGAACAAGUUUGGCACGACGAAAGCGUUCAAAAAGCUGCGCAUCCCGGUCAACAAAACCGACUGGAUCACGCACUCGAGACCAGCGAUCGUGAACGCUUUCUACUCGUCCAUCGAGAACAGCAUCCAGUUCCCGGCCGGUAUUCUGCAGGGUCAGUUCUUCUCGUACGAUCGCCCGAAGUACAUGAACUAUGGUGCGAUUGGUUUCGUGAUCGGUCACGAGAUCACGCACGGAUUCGACGACCAGGGCAGACAGUUUGACAAGAACGGCAAUCUGGUCGACUGGUGGCAAACGGACACCAAGACAGCCUACCUGGAGAAGGCACGCUGCAUCAUCGAGCAGUACGGCAACUACACGGAGCCGAACGUGAAGCUGAACCUGAACGGUAUCAACACGCAGGGCGAAAACAUUGCCGACAACGGUGGCAUCAAGGAGGCGUACUACGCGUACCGCAAGUGGGCCGAAAAGAAUGGACCCGAGCCGCGUCUGCCCGGGUUGGACCUCAGCCCGGAGCAGAUGUUCUGGCUGUCGGCCGCCCAGACCUGGUGCUCGGUGUACCGUCCGGAGACGAUGAAGAUGCGCAUCACCACCGGCGUCCACUCGCCCGGACAGUUCCGCGUGCUGGGACCGAUGAGCAAUAUGCACGAGUUUGCGAAGGACUUCAACUGCCCGGUCGGUUCCCCGAUGAACCCGGAGCACAAGUGUGAGGUGUGGUAGAGCUGCGUUGCGCUCCCAGGUGCAAGAAGUGGUGCAGAGGAACGGGAGAAAGUGGCCGAGCGAGCUGGGGCGGAGCCGAACAUACCUUCGGAUGCGUUACUUAAUUUAUUUAGUCGACUGUCGCAGCGCUGGCGAAGUACAGCAACGCAACGCACGAACGUUCUGGGACGGCGACGAAGGGCGACUUACGGAACGGACGCAGAGACAUCCCAAUUGUUUCGGGGUGUUGCUCGUUGGUUUAAUUAUUAUAUAAAUACCUUCUCCCUUUUUUUUGUUGUUGUUGCAAGCGAAGACAAACCAAUCUUCGACCGGUUUUAGACAGAGUGUGGCGGUGGCCCCCCAAAACAACCACCCCGAUGUUAUCGUAGACGGGGUGGAGUUUUGCAUGCGUUCAGGAGCAGUUCCCCAUAUGGGGGGAUAAAAAAGAAAGUAAAACAUACAUUACCUUUCCCGCGGCAUUAAUGCACGCGGGCAAGCUACAAAUUAAUUUAAAUUCCCACAAAACAAAAAAUUGCGCCGCAUUUCUCAGACGAAACGUUGGGUCUUCACAACAAAUCAACCGACAGGUAUUGUUAUCAGUAAGUUUUGUCGCAACAAAAACAAAAAAA